UCAGUUUUUGUUAAGACAGAGGUUUUGGUAUUAUUUUUAACUUUCUUGUUCAAAUUUUCUUAAAACAGAGAAUUUGGUGCUAUCAUUUUCUAAAAUAAUAGUACCAAAACCUCUGUUUUCAAAUUCUUUCCAGGGCCUUUUGUAAUGGGGAAAUUAGCAAGUAGUUUCGCAAACCGGAGAACAAAUGAUAUUAUAAAAAAUGGUGUGAGACUCUUGGUUGUUAUUGGAAUCAUGUAUACAGCAGAGACUGCCGAUGCAGUUAAUUUUGAUUUGUCGCUAGGAUUGUUUCAGUACCCCAACCCCGACGCUGAUUCUAAACUAAUUGAAGUGACAAAGUUGGUUAAUGCUUCGCAGACAGGAGCCGUUUGUCUAGAUGGAAGUGUACCGGCGAUUCAUUUCAGCGAAGGUUUUGAAUCUGGUACUGAUAAUUGGCUUAUUCACCUUGAGGGUGGUGGCCAGUGCAGUUCACUAGAGGAAUGUGCCGGUCGUACGACGAAUGAAACUGGAUCGUCGAAUUUCAUGACGCCAAUGGGUUUUGCCGGCAUUUUGAGUCGCAACAAGUCAAGAAAUCCUGAGUUCUAUAACUGGAACCGAGUAAAGGUACGCUACUGUGAUGGUGCGUUUUUUGCUGGGAGUGCCAGCGGCGAAAAUGAGGCUUCAAAAGCUAAAGGACUCUUCUUCAGAGGGCAGCUUAUCUGGGACGUAGUUAUGACCGAACUCCUAGGUUUAGGGAUGGCUAAUGCUAAACAGGCUUUUCUUACAGGUUGCUCGGCUGGUGGAUUGGCGACCCUCUUACACUGUGAUAGUUUUGCAGAACUUUUUACUCCUGGCAAAGUUAAUGUGAAAUGUCUGUCAGAUGCAGGGUUUUUCAUCGACGAGAAAGAUUUUUCCGGUGCCAACAAAGUAGAAUCUGUCUAUCAUGAUGUCGUAACCUUACAGGGUAUGGAGGCUAAUUUGAACAAAGAGUGUAUCUCGCAACUGAAACCAUCCCCAGAAAGCCAGUGUUUAUUUCCUCAAAAUUUUAUCAACAACAUAAAGACGCCGGUUUUCCUCGUAAAUCCUAUAUAUGAUGCGGUUCAGAUGAGCCUUUUUUAUAUUCCACCUUCGUUACUAAAUGAUUGGUACCCGGCUUGUGCAUUCAACUAUGCUAAUUGUACCAAAGCUCUGAUCAAGGAACUUCAAGACUUCGCAGGAUUCCGGGGUUCCAUGUUGAAGGCACUAAGCCAAUAUCAGGGGAAGAAAGAUAUGGGUAUGUUCAUAGAUCCAUGCUUUGCUCAUUGCCAGACGGAUACCGACAAAUGGCAUUUGCGUUCUCCGAAGAUCAACGAUAAGACCAUCGCAGAAGCAGUGGGGGAUUGGUAUUUCAAUAGAAAGACGGUACAGUAUAUCGACGAUCGCGCAUUAAGUGCCAAUCCUACUUGCAAUAACAAAGUGUAUGAAUCCAAGCUGGAACGCUUAUUGCAUUAACCAUGAAGUUCGGUGGUGAGGUUGGAUCCGGGGGGAAUUACACAAAGCAUUACAAGGUUGAAUCCAUUAGCAAGGGGCGCCUCGGAAAGAAUUAUUGUAUUUUAAUUAAAAAUUAUAUAUACAAAAAUAAAGAUUUCCUUCUAUUCUUUUUUGUUGUUUAUUUUUCUUUUUUGAUCUAUA